AUGGCGGCCUCCUCACCUGCCGCUGCUGCUGGUGGUGGUGGUGGUGGUGGUGGUGUUAGCUCAGUCAGUUCCCUCUGAUCUGUCUGUGUGAGCAUCGAACGAGGUGAGCAGCGCAGAGAUCUGUGAGCAGCAUGCCUGAUGGACAUUAUCCUCUGUCGACUCUGUCGCUCUGUGCAGCCUCUCGUCGAGCGCCUCAUCCGACCGUCUUCUUCCCAUGCAGCAGCAGCAACAGGAGCAGCAGCAUCCCUUCACGUACAUCUUCGUUGGUCGGCGCACCUUCUGGCUGCUCAGCCUCACAGACAUACUGCGGCUGAGAGCCACCUGCACAUGGCUCAGGAGUCUCUUCGGAGCGGCCCAACUGAGAGAUCGGCUCCGCCAGUCUGUCGGCUCACAGGCGGGGCUGCGGCGGGCGGUCAACGGGAAGCAAGUCCAGCUGGUGCGGUUCGACGAUGACCAGUUCGGCGUGUGUGACCUGCUGGCGGCUGUGUGUGUGAUGGAGGAGGGGGACUGGAUGGAGAUGGGCGAGGUGAUUGAGCUGGCGGGGCAGUGCGGCUACUGUGAGCUGCCUGUCAUCCUCACGGCAAAUGACAUCAACACACACAUCAACAAGACGGUAAGGCACACACACAGAGGGGCGGGAGGGAACAGGGAGGCCUCAUUAGUCAUUCUCUGUCUGUCUGUCUGUGUGGUGUGGUGUAGGCGUAUGGAUCGUUAGCUCGUGUGUUGGCGCAGCUGAUGGUGGUCGGCCGCCACAUGGACUUCGGUGACCGCAGACGCCUGCAGAUCUUCCGCCAUGGCAAUGGUGAGGUGCGGGCCAUCGAGGACGAGCCCGGCUUCGAGCUGAUCGUCGACCCGCCCCUCGCUGCCGGCCAUCUGUAUCAGCAGCAUCGACUCCUGCAUGACCCACCAGUGGACAGCCGCAUCUCCUACUGGGUCAUCAUCGGCAGAUGA